GCCGCGCGCAGUACGAAGCAGACGAAUUCGUGUUUGCAUCCGCGUUUGAUUGCAUUUCCGAUUUUUCUCAGGCUUUUGCAGGUACGUAUUCUGCAUGCACUCUGUCCGGUCGCGCUGACAAUGCGAAACUUGCAUUCGUAUUUCAUAGUAUCCGUUUUCUUUUUUCUCAGGCUUUUGCACGCACGUGUUGCACAUGCAGCCUGUCCGGCCGCGCUAACACUGCGAAACUUUGAAUUCGUAUUGUUCUUCUUUCAGGAUUUUGCAAGCACGUGUUCCCUAUGCCUCAGUAUGUCUUACUGUUGCGUACCAUUGUGCAAAUCGAACGGAAAGAAAAAGACUGUCGGGCUGUUGUUCCACGAAAUACCAGCUGCCGCUGGUAUACGAGAGAGGUGGCUUGCAGUAAUUAGGCGGGGUGAUUGGUCGCCUAAUACAACUUCAAACUACACUAGAGUAUGCAGCCGCCAUUUCAGAACAGAAGACUUCAUAGAAGGAAAAAAACGGCGGCUCAAGAAGGAUGCAGUUCCGUCCGUCUUUGCAGACUACCCUUCACGUUUGCAGCCGAAGGCAACAAUUAAACGAAGCAUGGCAAGUAUCACUAAACGUGACCGUGCUGUGAACGAACAGUCAACGAAUGAUUGCACCAGUAGCCAUGCUGCCUCGCGACCGCUGUCAUGUGCAACGCAGGCAACAACAGGUCCUGAAGCUGAAGAAUCGGAGCCGAUGGAUACUACAAGCGCUACCUGCGAAACAAGAGACCAUCAUGGUCUACAGUGCCAGAAUGAAUGCGUGCACAGGGCUGACCAGGCUGCCUCAUGCGACAAAAGUGUCCAGGUCGACAGCCAUUCGGCCUCUGCUUUGCUCUCUACCGAAAAGGCCAAAUGGAAGAGAAAAGAAAGAGAUCUGAGGAGCCAGAUACUGAGACUACAUCAGACAAUUGACAAGUACAAAGAGGAGCUCAAGAAACUGCAGGAGGACUCUUUGACUGCAGACGUUUCCUACAUUAGAGAAAGAGCAGCAGAGAAAGAGGCUUCAGCUAGCAUUGUUUCUCGUGGACCAAAUUACCAAUUACAAAAAAAAAGGCCUACCUGGUCUGAAGAAACUACUCGACGUUGUGUGGUGCUGAGGCAUUUAUCAACGAAAGCCUAUGAACAUAUUCGAGGGGAGAUGCUUUUGAAGCUUCCAGACCGAAAGACCCUAACCAACUAUAUUGGAACUACAAGUGGUGAGACCGGCUUCAGCAAACUGGUGGAAGCUCGGCUGAUAUGUGAAGCCGAAAACUUUGACAAACCGCAAUCAAAGGUCUGCUCGCUCAUCGUUGACGAGAUGAGGGUAAAGCAGAAGUUGCAAUACAACAAGCAACGUGACUGCUUUGUUGGGCAAGUAGACAUCGGGGUGGAAGAGCAAAACGGUGACCUUGUCUUAGCCAAUUCGCUCCUGUGCUUUGUCAUCAGUGGACUGACAACAAAGUUUCGGAUUCCAGUUGCCUACUAUUUUACAAAAGGGCUAACGGGCCCCCAACUCCACAAGUUGCUGAUUUUCGUCAUGCAAAAAGUGGAAGCUUGUGGGUUUAGGAUUGUUCGCCUUGUCACGGACAAUCAUAAAGUGAACGUGAAUUGCAUGAAACUGCUUGGAAAUGGCCUGCUUACCUACCGGAUUGAACACCCCUGUGACCGCAGCAGGAUUCUUUUCAUUAGCUUUGAUCCGUGCCACGUGCUGAAGAACGUGAGGUCACAGUUUCUAUCGCGUGACUUUGGCCCGAAAGGUGAGAUUUCUGCUUCACACAUAAAAGACCUCUACCAACUGCAGAAAGGCUUGUCUGUAAAGCCUGUUCGGUUUUUAAGCAGGAAGCAUGUUUAUCCGAGCAACAUAGAAAAGAUGAACGUGGCAAGAGCCGUCCAGCUCAUGUCUCCAAGUGUAACCGCUGCCUUGGAACAUCUCAAGGAUCAGGCUGGACACACUUGUGCACUGUCAUUUUCAGCCGCAGGCCCAACAAUUACGUUCAUGAACGUUUAUCGGUGGUUCGUGCUUCACGAUGUCAGCAACACGACGCAGCACAUACGCCACAAUUUUUCGGAUGGCCGUCAAUUUGACGACAGUGCUGAUCCGCGGCUUGAAUGGCUUGAGGUCACUUUUCCUAUGUACUUGGAGACAUUAAAGAAAAGAUCUGGACAUGCUCGUGAAUUCCUCACAGCCGAAACGUAUGAAGCAAUUCUGUUAACCACCUAUUCGACAGUGGCGUGCGUCAGAUAUCUGUUGACAGAAGAGAAGUUUUCUUUUGUGCUCACUCGAAAAUUCAACAGCGAUCCAAUUGAAUCGCUCUUUGGAAGUUUGCGAAUGUCAUCCGGGUGCAACGACAUGUUGGACGUUCGGGCUGCACUGUCAGGCCUCGAAAAACUACUGAAGACCGGGAUUGCUGUGUCGAAUGCAGCCUCCAAUAUUGCCCACAAAGAAUGUGGUGCAAUGUCGGGACACAUACUGUGUGAUGCACAUUCCUCUGCACAACCAACUUCUGCUUCAGCUUCAAUACCUCCCCUGCCGUCGACUGUGCAAGCAGUGCCCCAGCUCUCGAGAGCAAGAUUGGCAUUGCAGAGACUUAAUACCACAAUUUUGCCACAGCAGCUGUCAUCGCUUCAGAUUUCGGCUACCGCCUAUGUGGGGGGCUACAUUGCACGGGUUGUAGGCGAGCAUAUUGACUGCGAGAACUGUGUUACUUUGUGUACGAAGCCGGUGAGCAACCAGCCGCUCUUUCAGCUCACUCGGAGCCAAGAUCGAGGUGGGCUGCUCUACCCGUCGGACCAACUUCUCUUUGUCCUGGACUGUUUAAGAGAUUUUGCUGACCGUGCACUGCAGGAGCACCAGACCUUGCAGAAGCCAUUGACUACCUUAGUGGAGUACGCCGUCCCAGCUCUUUGUUCUUCAAAGUUGCUAAAGUGCAAGAGCAAUGACAGCAACGAGCACAGGCUUAAGCUCAUGAACCUCAUAUCGGUUCGUUUCCUGAGGCCGCUCCUCUGCAACUACGCCUUCAAUGUUACUGAUAGGCACGACGCAGUUAAACAUUUUGUAAGAAAGCCCCUUUCGCGAAAGCACGCGAAACUGUGAGAGUGGCAUACGCUUCAAUGACAUGUGGUAGCUUCCUUCCGCAAUAAAUGCUUUUAUUUCCACCAUUGAAAUGGUAAAAUCAAUGUGAGCCAUGACUCGCAACUCAUUGAUAUUGAAGACAUGAACCUCCCUAUUUGCGGAGUAAUGUCUGCAUGCAGGUUCUGCAGAACUUCAUGUGUUGCAGAAUCGCGCGGCAGAACGCGCUUUUUGUUUGUUUUUGCAUCGUUACGAUUCAACAGCUUUGAGUUCCUAAAUGACACGGCACAGCUCCUCAUUUUCUGACGCCAGCUGUGGCUUCCUUGCGGUGGCAACAAAUGUAAUUCUCAAAAGCUUUAAGAAGGAAACGUGGCAUCACGUCUUGCCGUAGAGCAGUCUCACGACAUUACGUGCCAUUUAGCGCGUGAACUCCCGGCUUGCGUACGUGCAGCCUGCUACACGAGUUGACGUUAGGGGCUCUUUCAGCGCCCAAGCGUUCCCAUUAUAUGGUGACAAGCACUGCUUUCAAAUAUCGACUUUCAUAUAAGCGAACAUAACGGCGACAGAACAUUUUCCCACGCAUUGGAUUUCAACUGGCGCGCGCUCUCGUAUCGGCGCAGCAGACGACGCGCAAGCGCAUCGAACAGCAAUGGCCGC